AUGGAAUAUCCAUUGAAAAAAGUUGAGUUACAAGCCGAUGUUUAUAUGGCUUGUCUCCAACAUGCCUUGUCAACUGAAAAUUUUGAAGUUAUGGGACUGCUUAUUGGUGAUAUCGACGAUGGAGUCACUAAAAUUUCUGCGUUAAAUAUUCUUCUAAGAUUAGAUAAAAAAAAAGACCGAGUAGAAAUUUCACCAGAACAGUUAUUAAAAGCUGCAGCUGAAGCUGAAAGAUUGACUAUGGAAUUAAAACGACAUAUGAGGGUUAUUGGAUGGUAUCAUUCUCAUCCUCAUAUCACUGUUUUUCCCUCUCAUGUUGAUAUCGGAACUCAGGCAACAUAUCAAUUAAUGGACCCAUGUUUCGUUGGUCUUAUAUUUUCAGUAUUUUCAGAAAAGAAAGAAACAAAGGAACAAGAGUGUGUUUUGACUUGCUUUCAAUCUCGUAACAAUGAGGCCGUAGAAAUUCCAUUAGAGAUUGUUAAGGUUGGGGAAAUUUCUAAAGAAUGCAUGGAUGCAUUAAAAGACCUUCCGAAAAUUCUUGUCCAAGAAGAUGACGAAGUUGGAGACAACUGUAUAAAUAAUUCAGAUCCUCUUGCAAUAAUCCACAACAAAGCGGUUCGUACUCGAGCACUAGCACACAUUACAGACAUCGUUACGAAGCCUCUGAUAGAAAUGCUAGAAGAGCGACUUAUUCUCAAUGGAAAUUACAAAGCUCAUCUUCACAAAGUUAAGCAAAAGUUAUUGAAAGAACUAGAAAAGUCUCGGCCAACUCGACCGGAAACUGAACCAACUAAAAAGCGAAACAGAAAAUCUGUGGGAAAAAAAUAAUUUUUUAUUGUUAA